AUGAUUAAACAACAGCAACCACAACAACUUAAGGCACAAACCAUUACAUACGCCACAUAUGCAUAUAAUUCAAAGACGGCAGAACAAACACAAAGGUUGAAAUAUGGAGAUUUGGAGAUAGUAUUGAAAAAUGACCAUUUCGAAUUCGUUUGCAAAGGUGGUGCAGUGAUAUCAAAUAUAAAAGAAAUUUUAUUUAUGAAUUCAAAAAUUAAAGGAAUAACGGAUGAUAUAACAUCAAUUCCACCAGAAGAACAGAGAUAUUACGCAUUAAAUGCAUUUCCUAAAGUUUUGAAGAUUGGAAGAUUUAAUUUAAAUGAGGAAUUCAUAAAAGGUUUCCUAAAUGACAUAAUGAAGAAAGCAGAUAAGGAAUGUGUUGCUGCUGCGUUAGUGAAGAAAGCGGAUAAGGAAUAUGUUAACGAAAAAGAUAAUGAAAUUAAAGAAAGAGUUGAAUGGUAUCAUGAAUGGACAUCAAAGAUUUUAAAAACUAAAGCCGAUACAGGAUGGGUUUCAGGAUGUUUAGACCUUAAAGCAGAUAAAACAUAUGUUAACGAUGAGUUAAUGAAGAAAGCAGAUAAAACAUAUGUUAACGAUGAGUUAGAGAAGAAAGCGGAUAAGGAAUAUGUUAACGAAAUAUACCAAAGUUUGAUAGGAACAACAAAAAAUAUUGAAACUAUUGUUGGUGACUUUACUGUCAAUGAAGAAAACAAAUAUUUUAGAUGGGAGUUUGUACACUCCUUAAAAAAUGGUAUACGGUAUAAACUCAUUCCGAAAAAUAACAAUGAAAUGUAUGUAAGCUAUAAAAAGAAUGAUGGUACACAAGUUAAAGCUCCAUUAGACAACAACUGCUACUUAAACUUAUAUGGAGACGAACAAAAGAAAUAUUUAAGAGUUUAUGAAAUGGCAGAUAUGACAUUGCCUGACCCAGCUCCAGCACCAUAUUAUUAUGACUAUGGAGAUGACGACAGAACACCACAUGUAGAUGAACAA